AUGCGGCAAUCAGUAUCAUCCCCAUGGUCGUGGGCAUCACAACAAUCACAGCAAGCCCCCGGAAGGCCUCUGGCCAGGUUAUUACCACUGCUUCUGGUGCAGCUGGUGCUCUUUGCGACGGCGGCGCUCGGCUUCGACCCGGUCAAGGAUGCCGACUGCGAGUCAGCCGACAGCAUCUGCCUGACUUCAUUCAAGUGGUGCGCCCGCAACGGGCGAAGCUGCCACUACCCGGAGGGUGUCGACGCCUACAUCCCCUGGUCGACAUCGAGUCCCUACGCCAUGCUGUACCACGGAAAGGUCUACAACCUCACGUGGAAGCAGGCCGUGCCUGGGGUGCCCGUCAAGAUCGAGUGGUUCUUUUCGGAGAAGCUGUAUACCACUGUCAAUGAUGGUUGGGGCACUCCCCAGGUCAUGUGGAGUACCAACACCACAGAUAGCUCAUUCAAGUUCGACCCUUUGGACAUCCUGAUGAGCUUCCCGACGCAGCACACCAACAUCAGCUCCGGCGAGGCCAUCGCGGCCACGCACGACGUGAGCAACUACCUGCGCAUCAGCCAACCAGACGCCAGAGGCUCCGAAAGGCAGCGCGCGCCCGCGCUGUCGGACCAGUUCCUCGUGCACACGAGCUGGACCGAGGAGUUUGUGCGCAACGUGCAGGCCUUUGACGCCGACCUCUACGGCCAGCAGCAGCGCAACUGGCAGAUCGGCGUGGGCGCCGGCAUCGGCAUCGGCCUGCCCCUCAUCGUUGUCCUGAGCUGGUUCAUGGGCCAUCGCCUCGGCACAAAGGCUGGCUACGAGCUCGCGGCAAAGGUCGCCAGGAGGAGGGACGUCAGGGACGAGAUAUGA